AUGUCAUCCGUCCCCGCGCCGGCCAUCGUCGUCCAGCCCGAGGCGCAGGAGCCGCAUGAUGCCUUUGCUAAGAACCAGGACUCUGAGCAGGCCUCUGUCGACACUCGGCCCGAGCCGUUACUGUCGGAGCGCGGCAUUGUCGCCCCCAUCAUGGCAUCGAACCAGGUGCCCGAGACCACCAAGUGGGAGAUUUGGUCGUAUUACUGCUACUACAUCGGCGCCAACGGGCUCGCGCUCUUUAACUUCGGGCCGACCGCCUUUCAGAACCUGCUGGCCCAGGCCGCGCCCGAAGACACCGGGCUCCUCAGGUUCGGCGGCCAGGAUCGCAACAUCAACAGUAUUGUGCUGCUCGCGAACGGCAUCAGCUUCGCCAUCCAGGCCGCUCUGUUCGUCGUCAUCGGCGCCUGGCAUGUAUAA